AUGAAGUUCACCACCACCCAUAAGCUUAAACGAUCGAUCACUCAUGAACGGUAUGAUGAACUCAAAGAAAGUAUCGUCUUUGGUAAGUCGGAUACCCACGGUUUCGUUUUUCCUCACUAUGAUGCCCUUGUCAUUACUUUACGCAUCUUAGAUACUGAUGUAAAAUGUAUUAUGAUCGAUGAUGGGAGAGGCACGUGCAUCAUCCACCCUAGAGUUCUUACCCAAAUAAAACAUGAAGAUAGGAUAGUGCCACGCAAUAUUACACUAACGGGUUUUAACAAUGCAGUUGAGCGGACAUCUGGAGAGAUCACGCUACCCGUCCUAGCUGGUGGAGUCAUUUUGGAAACCACUUUCUACCUCAUGGACCAGGAUACGGCGUACAACACCAUCAUAGGUCGACCUUGGAUCCAUGCCAUGAAAGCCGUCCCCUCCAGUUUAUACCAAGUCAUCAAAUUUCCCACCUCUUGGGGAAUAUUCAGCAUCCGAGGAGAACAACGCAGCGCUCGGGAAUGCUACCGUAUCGCCUGGGACUGCUUGCAUACCCAUCAGUUAAAGGGGAAAGCCAAAGAAGCUUAG